CACAACAUUAAAUCGCCUCUCAUCUUCUCUUCUUACCCUUCCCUUGAAUUAGUUCCCAUUCAAUCCGCCACAAUCGCGGAAGAGCAAAGUCGAGAUGCACCUCCGAGGGAUCGCAUGACUUCUCCGGCGGUGGAAGCGGUGGAGGGAUGGCAAGGGGAGGUGCGUGGUGGCGGUGGUGCUCCUACAAGCGCACAACCUUCGUAGUGUGCUCAGUGAACGUCAUCGUUGCGCUGUGUGUUCUUCGCUCCGUCUACUUGCACGUCUUCUCAUCCUCGAGCGAUCCAGAUGCGAUUUCAGAAUUUAAAUAUACUGAUGAUCAGAUUAAGAGAGUCCGAGAGUCAAUACGCUUAAGGCAAGAAUCAGAACCUGCGGAGCUUGUUAAAUUGGUGAAGAAGUUGAAUGGAUUCUUGCAAGAAGAGAGGCUGGAGUUGUCCUUGCAUAUGAAGCAGAAUCUGACAAAUGAAAUUCUGAGUCGGUUAAAAGGAGUAAACAAUGCUGCCAAUGUGACCAAACAAAGAGAAGCAGUAGAACGCUGGCGCACUGAAAAACUUGAAGCAGUUAGAAAGUCGAGUUUUGCAAAUCCAAUAAUCAAUACAAGUUCCACUGUCAGAGAAACAAAAUAUCUGGAAAAGACAUUAGAAUCCAACUUGCUCAUGCUGUUAGAAGAUAUUGGACUUUGGAUGCCAGCUGAUGUUGUAAACAAGGAUAACAAUAACAAACCUGAAAAUGAACCAGAGCUAGAAGAGGAAGAAAUUAUUCCUGGCCGACCGAUACCACCUGAAUGUCAUGCUGAACGUCAUACUGAUUACGAUGGUGCUGCUGUUAGAUGGGGACUUACGCACCACAAAGAAACUGCUGCUGACUGUUGUCAGGCAUGUCUGGAUCACGCCAAAAGAGCAAAACCAGGGGAAAUUAAGUGCAACAUAUGGGUAUACUGCCCAUCACCAUCUGGUUGCUACUCACCUGAUAUUUAUGAACACAAGCAUCAAGAGUGCUGGCUGAAACAGGCAGCCACACCAAGAUUGAACUUCAAAGACAAGUACUCAGAAUCAUACAGGAAUUCUCAUCCAACAGCACCUGUAAUUGUCCCUUGGAUUUCAGGCGUAGUCAGUGCAUGACUUUAACCAUUUUUCCCCGUGGCAGUGGCAGUAGCGCGACCGAAGCUGGUCUGCGGCUGUUAAUCCUGCUGCGCUGCCAAAUGUGAUUAUAACUACUGAAGCCGCAACGUGAGGGUGCAUAUUGGAAUCGAACUGCCAGACUUGUUCUUGCAUCUCACCAGCUAUACUCAUUUGUCUAUAAUUAAAUUUUUCGUACUUAUUUUCCUAUGAAAAACAAUACCGAACUUACCACAGUGUUCUUUUGAGCAGAACAUCAUACUGACUUUUGUAAGAAUAUUUUUGGAACUGAAAGUAUAAUGAUCAUGAGAUUAGUGUGAUGUUCAAAUGUGUCUGAAAAACAGUGUCUGAUAUGAAGACCAACUUGAAAGCAGCAAGUAAUUGAUGGAACAAUUCUUUGAACU